AUGGCAGCCAUCGUCGCCAUUCUUCUGCGCCAAGACGGAAGGCCCGUCCAGGACUGGCCCUUUCCCAUCACCCUCAACUCCACCGCAAACACCCUUUCCACCAUCUGUCGCGGUAUUCUCGUCAGUAUUGCCGCCGAGAUCAUCUGCCAGACCAAGUGGGUGUGGUAUUGGUCCGACAAAACUGCCAGUCGACGGAUGAUAGACCUCCAGCAUUUCGAUAGCGGCAGCCGGGGUCUUGUCGGAGCCGUGAAACUCGCGAAACUCGUCCUGUGGCACAGCCCUGCGACACUCCUGUCGGUCUUCAUCAUCGUCUUCUCGUUUGGCAUGGGGCCGUUUGUACAGCAGGCGAUCAAAACGGUCGGUGUCAACCAAGCCGACCCCCACGGGAGAGCAUCGAUCCCGGUCUCAACGGCACUCAGCAGCAAAAAUGGAGGGGCCUUCUUCUUCACAACUCAAGAUUUCAGUGAUGGGGUUUCAACAGCCAAGCCUUUUGGCUCUGAGGACUACGCUCUUGACCCUAAGGUACGAGGUGUCGCAUACGCAGCGACGCUCGGGACGUACAAAGGUAACGCGCAGAUAGUGCCCAGUUGCACGACUGGAAACUGCAGCUUUACCGGGUUCCAGUCCGGGACGCCGCAGUUCACUGUCGGCAAGGAAGCCACCCACGCGUCCGCAGGCAUCUGCAACAUCUGUCUGGAUGUCACCUCGCUCAUACAGUCAGAGGACGAUCCGAACGGUACCUUGCAUAAGACAUCAUACAAGCUGUCCAACGGGAUGGGACUCGAGAGAAAGGACGCUAUGAAGAUCAGUGACGGGGACCUUUCAUGGGCAACCGCUGUCAUGUCACCCGAAGUCCUGGACGUGUCAGAAAUGGCAUUGGCCAAUGUCACUGUUCUUUCUCUGACCAGCAUCAAUGAUACAACAAAAAAGGACGACCAAGACCGUCUACCUUCUAUCGCCGUCUCCUGCAGCAUAUACACGUGCCUGAGAAGCUACUCGGGAAACGUGCUCCAAGGAGAGCUGUCAGAGACUGUCAUCAGUACGAACCCGGUGUAUGCAGACCCUGAAGAGCGCAAAGAAGACCCUGUGGAGUUUUUAAAGCCGAAGGGCCCGAACCUGACCACUAUGAGGCACAUCCGUAAAGCAGCAGCACCGGACUACCCUUCGAUCAGAGCGCCUAGACAGUGCGUUUACGAGUUUGACAACAUCUUGGCAAAUGCCUUGAAGAUUUUCAUCCAUCAAGAGCUCUUUAACGGGGAGUGCACUCAUGGCAUCAGAAUUCUGGAGUUGGGGGGAGGGACCGACUUCUUCCCGGAAUGCAAAGGCAACGAUUGGAUAUCGGGCUUCUGGGAGGCGGGCAAUGCCACCACGGAGAGCAUCGAGCAUCGCUUUGCGGACUUCACCAACACGUUCACAAACGAAUUGCGGAUGGGGCUUAUGCCGGCGGACAAUGGCGUUUCGGUUUUGGUGACGGGGGAGGCAUACCAGCUGGUUUCGUUCACCUCUAUCGAGAAGCAGUGGCUAGUGUUCCCCAUCUUCAUGGUGGUUCUGGAGGUUUUCUUGCUUGGUUGGAUCAUUGCUCGGGGUUGGUGGCGCAGGGACGACGAGGCCGUCUGGAAAAGUAACAUACUUCCACUGUUGUACUACACGGAACGGUUCCGGUUCAGGGGCACCACCGGAGAUGAUUUUGCAGCCUGGCAGCGACUCAUGACAACGAAAGAAAUGGAGGAUGGUGCCGAAGACGUGAAGGUGCAGUUUUCGCGCAGGGGAUGGAGGCAGCACGAUGAUGUCAGCCUUGAGCAAAUGCUCCCGCCGCAAAGAAACUCAUAA